AUGGCUAUCCGAGCUGAGCAUGCUCCGGCUUUGUCCCAGGAGCCAAUCGGCCUGGUCCCGGAAGGUCUUCGCAUCGCUUACGCCCAGCACAUCCUCAACAAACACCUUCGCAGGCUUCGCGGCGAAGAGGAUGAGCCAUUGCCCGAAAGAUCACUGUCCCACACUCCUACUUCCCAUGAAUCCGAUCAAGUUGUGGAUAAGUACGAUGGUCGCGUCGCCAUUGUCGGCGCUGGCGCUACCGGUCUGUAUCUCGCCAUGAUGCUGAAGUUUCUGGAGAUAAAAAAUGUGGAUAUCUAUGAAGCGUCGGAUAGAAUCGGUGGACGGUGUUAUACCUACAGCUUUCCAGAUGACGAGGACUGUCCCCACAAUUACUACGAUAUUGGGGCAAUGCGCAUCCCGGAAAUUGCAGCUAUGAAGUCGACCUUGAAUCUGAUCGAAUACCUCGGCCUUACCAAAUCGAAAUACGUCCUUGAUGCGGGGUGCGAACCACAGAUGCACUACUACUCGCACAAACCAGAGCUUGCUCCAAAAGGAACGCUAUACGAGGCCAGAAUUAAAGACAUCAUUGACAGCCUUAACAAGAACUGGAAUGGGGCGUUCAAAGCAUUGAUUAAGGGUCACGACGAUGACUACUCAACCAGAGCCUGGCUCAUGCACAUCAAACCCAAGUUGACAUACGAGCAAACCGAAGAAGCCGAGUCGGCCGAGACAUCUACAGGUCUCUUUGAUCAAGCAUUUAUCGAGUCCCUCUGUGACUUUAGCGACUUCCAAGCGUCCAAAGGCAAACCGUGGUGGCGUCUCGAAGGUGGCAUGUCCACCCUCACCGACAAGAUGAACGAGUGCAUCGAAGAUCCCAACUGGCUUCCUGACAACGGAAUCUCAUUGAAAGUCAAGACCAAGACACCAGUCUUGGCAAUGUCGGAGAGUGGAAACAAGAUCGAAGUCACUCUAGCCGGGGAAGAGAAGCCAGAACGCUAUAACAUGGUCUUCAACACAACCGCCAUGGGUCCUCUCCAGCGCAUGGAUAUCUCAGGACUGGUGCCGGGCUUUGGUGAUGAAGACGCACAACAGAGAAUCCUUACAGGUAUUCGGGCUCUCAGCUACGAUCGCGCUUGCAAGGUUGCGAUUAAAUUCAAGUCGCGUUGGUGGAAGGAUAUGUACCAGGAUUCUACCACUCAUGUUAAAAUCGGAGGUGUAUCUGGCACUGAUCUCUCGAUCAGCAAUGUCGUAUACCCAUCUUGGGACGACGGAGAAAAGGCAGCUGUACUCAUGGUUUCAUACAGCUGGGCCCAAGACGCUACACGCAUGGGAGCCUUGAUCCCCGAUUACUCCAAACAGGAACCAUGUAUCGACGAUACGGUCGUCAAGCAAUCCUUCCAGGAUCUUGCGAAGCUCUGGUCAAAGGCCGACCCCACCGUCACGGUUGACUUCCUCAGAGACCAAUAUCUCACUCAUCACGCAUAUGCUUGGUCUCAUGACCCCUACACAGGCGGUGCCUUUGCCCUUUUCGGCCCUGGCCAGUUUAAGUAUCUGUAUCCCGAAUUUCAGCACGUCUUCUGUGACGGAAAAUUUGCUAUCUGUGGAGAGGCGCUGAGCCCUCACCAUGCUUGGAUCUCAGGCGCCCUUGACAGUGCGUACCUGACUAUGGUGCGAUGGCUAGGCCACAGGAAAGAUCACAAGAGAAUUGAAGCUUUGAAGAAGUCGUGGUUUGGGGCUGGGAGAAACAAGAAUACUGCUGAGUUUGAUGAUACUUUGAUGUACUGGUCUGUUGAGGUUAAGAAAUAG